GUAGCUGGAAAGCUCCCAUUACCGCUACCUAAAUUUUAUACGAACAAACAAUUGCGACUUAUAUACGUAUAGAUAAUUAUAGGAAAACCAAAACUAAAACUUAAACAGAGAAACAACAUAGAGAAAUUUUAGAGAAAAAACAAAUGCAAAUUGAGCACUAUUUUUACAAUGAACUAUAUUGAUAUAAGCUACAGGUUAAUACGUGCAGUUCGUGAAGGAAACCUAGAAAGAGCAAGGGAGAUACUUACUUAUUAUGGACUAUCUUAUUCACAAGCAUGGAAAGAAGGAUAUGUUUUACUUUGUGAUGCUAUUGAGAAUAGGCAUACAGAAGUUAUUAAACUACUUUUAACAAACGGUUCUAAAGUUAACAGCAACACUGAUGAAACUGAUAAUACACCACUUAAUUUUGCUGUUAAAAACGGUGACAUAGAAAUUGUUAAGAUGCUCCUAGACAGACGUGCUAACGUUAAUGCUACAACUAGGUAUGGCANAACUCCGCUUCACAAUGCGAUUGAAAAUAAUAAAAUAGAAAUUGCUGAAUUACUUUUAAAUCAUGGAGCUAACAUUACUGCCAGUGAUAAGUUAGGUGUUACACCACUGUGUCUCGCUGUUCAAAAAGGACAUGUAGAUGGUGUUAAGAUGCUCAUGGACAGAGGUACUAACGUUAAUGCUGAAACUCAGGAUGGCACAACUCCACUUCACGAUGCGAUUGAAAAUAAGGAAAUAGAAAUUGCUGAAUUACUUUUAAAUCAUGGAGCUAAUGUUAAUGCCAGUGAUAAUUUAGGUGUUACACCACUGUGUCUUGCUGUUAAAAGAGGACAUGUCGAUGGUGUUAAGAUGCUCAUGGACAGAAGUGCUAACGUUAAUGCUGAAACUCGGGAUGGCACAACUCCACUUCACGAUGCGAUUGAAAAUAAGGAAAUAGAAAUUGCUGAAUUACUUUUAAAUCAUGGAGCUAAUGUUAAUGCCAGUGAUAAUUUAGGUGUUACACCACUGUGUCUUGCUGUUAAAAGAGGACAUGUCGAUGGUGUUAAGAUGCUCAUGGACAGAAGUGCUAACGUUAAUGCUGAAACUCGGGAUGGCACAACUCCACUUCACGAUGCGAUUGAAAAUAAGGAAAUAGAAAUUGCUGAAUUACUUUUAAAUCAUGGAGCUAACGUUAAUGCCAGUGAUAAUUUAGGUGUUACACCACUGUUUCUCGCUGUUAAAAGAGGACAUGUCGAUGGUGUUAAAAUGCUCAUGGACAAAGGUGCUAACGUUAAUGCUGAAACUCGGGAUAGCACAACUCCGCUUCACGAUGCGAUAGAAAAUAACGAAAUAGAUAUUGCUGAAUUAUUCUUAAAUCAUGGAGCUAACGUUAAUGCCAGUGAUAAGUCAGGUGUUACACCACUCUGCCUUGCUGUUAAAAGAGGACAUGUCGAUGGUGUUAAAAUGCUCAUGGACAGAUGUGCUAACGUUAAUGCUGAAACUCUAGAUGGCACAACUCCGCUUCACGAUGCGAUUCAACAUGAGAAAUUAGAAAUUGCUGAAUUACUUUUAAAUCAUGGAGCUAACCUUAAUGCCAGUGAUAAGUCAGGUGUUACACCACUGCUUCUUGCUGUUAAAAAAGGACAUGAAAAAUUUGUCGACUCGAUUUGUUUUGACAGACGUCCUAACGUAUUUACUAAAUCUCGAUAUAGCGCAACUUUGUUUCCUAAUGCUAUUGAAAAUAGGGAAAUAAAACUUGCUGAAGUAUUUUUAAAUCAUGGAGUUAACGUUAACGCCAACGGUGUUACAUUACUGUGGUUUGCUAUUCACAGAGGACAAUUAAAUGGUGUUAAAAUGCUUUUGGACAAAGGUGCUAACGUUAAUGGUGAAACUCGGUAUGGCACAACUCCGCUUCAUGAUGCGAUUAAAUAUGACAAAAUGGAAAUUGCUGAAUUCCUUUUAAAUCAUGGAGCUAACGUUAAUGCCAGUGAUACUUACGGUAUUUCACCACUGUAUCUNGCUGUUCAAAAAGGACAUGUAGAUGGUGUUAAGAUGCUUAUCGACAGAGGUGCUAACGUUAAUGCUGAAACUCGGUGGUCGGGCACAACUCCGCUCCACUAUGCGAUUGAAUAUGAGAAAAUGAUAAUUGCUGAAUUACUUUUAAAUCAUGGAGCUAAUGUUAAUGCCAGUCAUGAGUUAGGUGUUACACCACUACGUCUUGCUGCUAAAAAUGGACAUGGACAAUUUGUUAAGAUGCUUCUUGACAGAGGUGCUAACGUUAAUGCUGAAACUCGGGAUGAGACAACUCCGCUUCACGAUGCGAUUGAAAAUAAGGAAAUAGAAAUUGCUGAUUUACUUUUAAAUCAUGGAGCUAACGUUAACGCCAGUAAAGCGAACGGUGAUACACCACUGUGUCUCGCUGUUCAAUAUAGACAUGUAGAUGGUGUUAAGAUGCUUAUCGACAGAGGUGCUAACGUUAAUGCUGAAGCUCGGGACGGCACAACUCCACUUCACGAUGCGAUUAAAAAUAAGGAAAUAGAAAUUGCUGAUUUACUUUUAAAUCAUGGAGCUAACGUUAACGCCAGUAACGAUAACGGUGAUACACCACUGUGUCUCGCUGUUCAAAAAGGACAUGUAGAUGGUGUUAAGAUGCUUAUUGACAGAGGUGCUAACGUUAAUGCUGAAACUCGGGAUGGCACAACUCCGCUUCAUUAUGCGAUUAAAUUUGACAAAAUGAAAAUUGCUAGAUUUCUAUUAAAUCAUGGAGCUAACGUUAAUGCCAGUGAUAAGUCAGGUAUUACACCACUGUGUCUCAUUGCUCAAAAAAGACAUGUAAGUAGUGUUCAGGUGCUUUUGGACAAAGGUGCUAAAGUUAAUGCUGAAACUCUGGAUGGCACAACUCCGCUUCAUCUUGCGAUUCAUUUUGAGAAUAUGAAAAUUGCUGAAUUACUAUGUGUUACACCACUGUGUUGUGCUGUUUACAGAGGACAUGUAGAUGGUGUUCAGAUGCUUUUGAACAGAGGUGCUAACGUUAAUGCUGAAACUCCGGAUGGCACAACUCUGCUUCAUCAUGCGAUUAAAUUUGAGUAUAUGAAAAUUGCUGAAUUACUAUUAGAUCAUGGAGCUAACGUUAAUGCCAGUGAUAAGUCAGGUUUUACACCACUGUGGUUUGCUGUUAAAACAGUUUAUGUAGAAGUUGUUGCGAUGUUGUUAGACAGAGGUGCUAACAUUAAUGCUAUAUCAUAUAAUGAUAGUUAUGACUUUUUUAGUCGCAGUUAUUAUGAAGAAAUUGCUGAGUGUCUUAAGCGGCAUAUAGUUAAGAUAAAAGCUGCAAAUUUAUUCGUAAGUGAACAAUUAGUAUCAAUAAGCAGGAAUGAUGAAAUAAGUGAUUUACAGGAUAAAUGUGAAAAAGAAGUAGCAAUCAUGAAGAAUGAGAAAAUUAGUAAUACUAACAUAUCAUUUUACGAUAUCUUGAUAAAAGAUACAAAUCUAGUAAUAUACAUGAGAAAUGAAAAUGUAGUGCAGGUUUUAAGAUCAGACGAGUAUAAAACAAAAUUUCCAAUAUACUCUAGCAUGAUAAAAAAUCAGUUCAGAAAAGGUAUGAAAAAGAAAGAGUUGCUCGAACAAGGCACUAAAAUUUUCUAUUUUUUCUGUAAGUUUUCUGAGCUACCACUUGAUUGUAUUGAACAAAUAUUUAGUUACCUAAGUGAUAAAGACAUAAAAAUUUUAAUAGAUACUUGUAAGUCUGUUACUGUCAGUAAUCUUAGUACUGAUAUUAAUGAUGUAGAAAUUACUUCAAAUAUAUCUUAAGUGCUAUGUGUGUAAGGUAAGGAAGAACGAACUAUUUUAAACAUGAAAUAAC